ACUCUUUUUAAUAUGAUAAAGUUAUAUUUACAUGCUGCGCCGAAUAUUGCUGUUAACAUAACAUAUCCUAAAAAUGGCCGAGAGUACAAAAUUAACUGUUGUCGGUGUUUAUUUACAUAUAAAAAAAGGAAGUCGGUAUAAAUGUUUUUGCCUGUAAUUCGAUUGGCAGACAACUGCGACGCGACUAAUCAAGGUACAGCCAAUGCAUAAUGCGGCUAUAUCCGUAUUUAGUUGCCGCCUGCUGCAUCCACGUGCUAUGCGCUAGCAACCAUUGGGUGCUGAAGGACGAGCGAAUUGUUCAAAAGUUGGAUUCGCCAUUCUUUAUGCGUGAGCCAAACAAUUUGAUUGCCUUUCUGGAGCAGAUACGCUACAAUGAGUAUGUGGAGCGCAGUUAUUUGGAGCUGUUGCGCAAACGUGAACAAAUUGUCGAGCAUUUACGCUUUUCUAUGCGUUUCGGCGAGGAUUUGGCCGAGCAAGCCAAAUGCGCCAUGGAUUACUAUUUGCUGGAGAAGCGUAUGUCCUAUCUAAAGAUAACACCGGAUCAGCUAAAACGCAUAAAUUUGCCGGAGCAGCGUGAAUUACAGCAACCCUUGCAGCUCGCCGGCAUCAAAAGCAAAUACAAUCGUGAUCUGGAACCGAUCUGUAAGAAUUAUCAGGAGUUGAGCGUAGGUCCGGCGACGUAUGAUCAUUUGGAUAGUUUUCAGCCGGAGGUGCUGGAAUCGGCAUAUGUUGAGCGGGAACAUGAUACGAACAUUGGUCAAGCCACCGUUGAGCUGACGCGCCGUUUUGCUCUCGACGGCCUACAAAGGCAGCCGGAUUCAUGGAAAUUUCAUACGCUUAGCUCCUACUAUUGGCGGAUGCGUGGCAAUGCAUUGCAGGCUCUACCCUGUGCCCGUCUAGCUGUUAUGCUAGCUCCACCCGAACACAAGGACAUUCCACUCUUAAGUCUCGGCACCAUACUCUUUCGCAUGGGUCGACUGGCCGAUGCGGAUCUUAUAUUGAGUGCUGCGGUGGAGCAUGCGCCGCUCGUGGCUGAGAAUCAUGUGGUAUUGGCUUCGGCGCUGGCCAUGAAACAUGACUUCAAUCGUUCGCAAUUCCAUUUCGAUGAGGCGGAACGCUUAGAUCCAAGCACCUUGCCACGCACACAGCAGGUGCGAAAUUUCAUCAGCUGCUUAGAGAAUCUCACAAAGAAGACAUCGAAAAUGUACAGCUAUGUGAAAUACAUGAAGAACGAGCUGAAAGAGUUCAAGAAAUUGAAGCAACAUAUCUUCCAAAAUCACGAACGAUUAAUUCAACAGCAAUUGCCGCUGGGCGCACGACGUUUCCUCGACUCCCGGGCCAAUAACGAGGACCUGCAUCGACGUGGACAAUAUUGUAGUACGCGGACGCCGAAUGGCUCCGAUGAGCCGGUGCUCUUCUGCGACUUCUAUUCAGAUAUGCAGAUGCGUUUGGAGAGCAAAGACAUUGAUAUCGAGGUGCUCGAGCGGGAUCUGAUGGCCAGCACGGAAAGCGUCAUUCGCCAAGUCUCCACCGAAAUACGCAAGCAAUUCAAUUUGGAACAGCUGAAGGCAGCCAAGGCCCAAAUGCCAGCAAAGGCUUCCAAGUCCACGUAGUCGGAGACCCUCAAACUCCUUCUCUUCCUUUCUUCAAAUUGCAUUCCAUAAUAAAAAGAAGAGGAAGACUCGAAGGGGAAAAAAAGUGUAAAAAAAAAACAGUUUUUGUCACAAA